AUGGCAACUUCAGUCCGCUUAUCGCCACAGGUACAGCGGCUGCAAACGAGUUCGCCAUACGUUGAUAUCUACACCAGAGCAUUGCCCAAUCCUCUACGUUCACGACCAAUUGUGAAUCCCCUAGCGCCAACAACACACUCUCACCCGGAGCCAAGACGCUGGCAGAAUCCUGGCGGUUGGGGGGCGCGCCACAUGAACGAUAGAGCGCCGUUUACACUCUGGGACACACAGAAUCGAAAAUUUCGACUCCCGACGCAGGAAGAAUCGGCCUGGAUCCGAAACGAACUUGGAGAUGGAAGACGAGGGGCAUCUGGCUGGUUCAUGUGGAUUGAGACUACUAACCCACCGCAGCCUAUACCCCUUACUGUCGGUUGCAUGCCGGUGUACUUUGUUGGGCCUGGCGAAUCCCACUUUGAAACCCUUCCACGCGCCCCUUAUCCAAACCCUCGGGUCCUGGACCCAUAUCCUGCUGCUUUACGCUGGCCCAAAAUGCAAUUCCCAACAAAGGAACAAAGGAUUGCCAUGUUAGUCGCCCUGGCACCACUCGCAGAUGUGCAAGCAAUCCUUUAUCUCCCCAACUGGACAAUCGUGGAAUUAACACAUGGGGAUGGCCGCAACUACGAGCCAAUGUCACUUCCGGGUGUUGUCGCAGGUCGGACGACCCUAUACCACCACGAACCAGAGCCAUUUUAUAUGGCGAUGAAAGAUAAGAGCCGAGUGCGAGUCGUAGAUCCUCAACAGCACAUGGAUGCGAGUCGGCCUCUGCCCCAAGACGACGCAAAUUAUCUCAGAGAUUCGUUCCUCACACCAGGCUGUCGAUUAGAGUGUGGGUUUGGCGAUCCAGGAUCCGCAAACGAAUUUGCGAAUGUUGCGACAACUUCGGGUGUGAGGAUCGUCAAUUCCCACGGUGAGUAUGCCCUUACAGUUGUAAAUCAUGGUUUUUUACUUUCAAAUGAGGUCUACCAUCCUCGUGCGACCGCAAAUAAAAUCGGUGAAGUUUUCGACACAAGGCCUGAACUUGACAUCUCCCUUGUCAGUCUUACACCAGCGGCAACCAAAAGUUACAAGAACAGUUCAUAUUUUCAAGCCGAACCUCCUCGAGUUUUAUUGGAAGGUAAUCAGAUCGAGCAGGGUACAUGGAGCGAGCUCGAUGGAAUGAGCUCAGGCCUAGUCACCGUGAUGGCCUAUGGGAUUAUGGAUAUGAAGCCGACGCGCCCCCCUGGACAUCCACCGAUCGAAUUCAGAAAUUGGCGGUCUUAUACUGUCAGUUCGAUAUUCGGGGGUAUCAACAGCGCUAUUUCUGAGGGUAUCUGUGGCGCACCUAUUGUGAAUUGCGAUACAGGUGGGGUUGGCGGCUUCUUCCAUUUAUUUGAUGAAACCAAUUGUUUAACUGCACACCUAGAUGAUUUGGUUGCUGAAGGGUGGCAAAUAGUUUAA